AUGUUUUCUAUUAACGAUAAUACAACGUCCGAAAUUUGUUGGUCAAUAAUGAAAUGUAUUGUUCCCAUGUCCCUCUUGUUAGAAGCAUUUUGCAAGCGUGACCACUGUGUUCGAUGUAUUGAAGAUGAAUGUCCAGAUAUGUUCUAUUAUCCCAUAGCUCCAUUUCUAUCAGACAAUGUCUUUUUCGCUUUCGAAAAAUCCGAUCUACUAAAUUCUAAUGAUAUGAUCAUUCCAAAGCCUUAUGUUUGCUUUAAUAAUUCUAUUUAUAAUGAUAUUAUUACCAAAGAAUUUACAAUUUACUUCAAUAAUAAAAGAUGUACUCGUGUUGUUACUACAUUCCUCUUCAGCUUUAAAGAGCAUAGUUUGUGGAACGAACAUUUUGCUACUAAAAUAGACUCAACUAAAACCGGCUAUUUUGAGCGUUUGGAAUAUGUCUACCGCUUAAGUCCAAAACUAACGAUCGACUCGAAUAACACUGGAUAUACAGUCAAAAAUUAUUCUAUGUCUGAAGUACGAUCGCCUUCUCCUGUACUACUAUGUUUAUAUGAUGAUAGUAAAAAUCAGCAUAAAGACAUAAACGCUUACGUUAACGUACCAGAUGACGGUGAAUAUAUGUAUUCGUAUCGUACCUGUAUAGGUAAAUACCCGAAUGCAUCUGAAAACAUAAAGUUUCGUGUUCCAUUGCAGAUUAUUUGCGAAGGAUAUGAUGAUUUANAUAUUAUCAACAUUUGUUAA